AUGUCAAAACGCAAAGACACUCUUGAUGAUAGCAGCCAAGAUAGCAAAAAACAAAAAACAACUACUCCAAAACAAGCUUUUCUUACGUCCUGGAUUAAACAGCCCUCUUCCGCUUCCGGGGAAACAGUAACCAAAGUCACUGGAAAAAUGAGUGAAGAAAUGAAAAAGCUGCUAAAAACAGAACUUGAAACCAUGGACGGCGAGUGGUUGAAAGCAUUAGUGAACGAAAUGCAAAAGCCUUAUUUUGCUGAGUUGAAAAAAUUCCUUGCUACCGAAAAGUCGAAUAAUAAGAAAAUAUUUCCACCUGAAACUCAAAUUUAUAGUUGGUCAAAAUUUACUCCUCCCUCCGCGGUUAAGGUUGUGAUUUUAGGGCAAGAUCCAUAUCAUAAUGAUGGACAAGCCCAUGGUUUAUGUUUCAGCGUUCCACCUAACGUUCAACCACCACCAUCGCUUAUUAAUAUAUAUAAAGGCUUACAGAAUGAUAUUCCAACAUUCCAAAUACCUAAACAUGGGUAUCUUGUCAAUUGGGCUAAAUCCGGAGUUCUUCUUUUGAACACAGUACUUACAGUACGAGCACAUGAGGCAUUGAGCCAUAAUGGCAAAGGUUGGGAAAGAUUUACCGAUGCCAUAAUCCAAUAUUUGAAUGAGAAAAAAACCGGUUUAGUAUUCAUGCUUUGGGGUGGGCAUGCGAUUAAAAAGGGUAAAGUUAUCAAUAAGACAAGACAUCUCGUUUUGGAGGCUGUUCAUCCUUCGCCGUUAUCGGUACACCGUGGUUUUCUCGAUUGUCGACAUUGGUCAAAAGCUAACAAAUAUUUGAAGGAACACGGUAAGGAGGAAAUAGAAUGGAAUUGUUUAGUGGAAAACAAGGAUGUACCAACCACGAAUAAUGUUUCGAUUAAGGCAGAUGUUGAAUUUAAAGCAAUUUCAGUGAUUCAACAAGAUUCUACAAGCGUAGUCGAAGUUUGCGACAAAUAA